CCCGUCAUGCUGCGGUUAAGGCGUGGCGUCCCCUCCGGGCGCCUGAAGGAGACUUGAAGAUUCCUGGGACGCGCGGGUGGAGUCUUUGGGAGUAGCCGCCGCCACUGCCGCCACUGCCACUGCCGACAAUCCAUGAGGAAAAUGCUCGCCGCUGUCUCUCGCGUGUUGUCGGGCGUCGCCCAGAAGCCGGCAAGCAGAGUGCUCGUGGCCUCCCGUAAUUUUGCAAAUGAUGCUACAUUUGAAAUUAAGAAAUGCGAUCUUCAUCGGCUAGAAGAGGGCCCUCCUGUCACCACAGUGCUCACCAGGGAGGACGGGCUCAGGUACUACAGGAUGAUGCAGACUGUUCGCCGGAUGGAGUUAAAGGCAGAUCAGCUGUAUAAACAGAAAAUCAUUCGUGGUUUCUGUCACUUGUGUGAUGGUCAGGAAGCUUGUUGUGUGGGCCUGGAGGCCGGCAUAAAUCCCACAGACCAUCUUAUCACAGCCUAUCGGGCUCAUGGCUUUACCUUUACCCGUGGACUUUCUGUCCGAGAAAUUCUCGCAGAGCUUACAGGACGAAGAGGAGGCUGUGCUAAAGGAAAAGGUGGAUCGAUGCAUAUGUAUGCCAAGAACUUCUACGGGGGCAAUGGCAUCGUUGGAGCUCAGGUGCCCCUGGGAGCAGGGAUUGCGCUGGCCUGUAAGUACAACGGAAAGGACGAGGUCUGCUUGACUCUGUAUGGCGACGGUGCUGCCAAUCAGGGUCAGAUAUUUGAAGCUUACAACAUGGCAGCUUUGUGGAAAUUGCCAUGUAUUUUCAUCUGUGAGAAUAACCGCUAUGGAAUGGGGACGUCUGUUGAGAGAGCAGCGGCUAGCACUGAUUACUACAAGAGAGGCGACUUCAUUCCUGGGCUGAGGGUGGAUGGAAUGGAUAUCUUGUGUGUCCGGGAGGCAACAAGAUUUGCAGCUGCUUACUGUAGAUCUGGAAAGGGGCCCAUACUGAUGGAGCUACAGACUUACCGUUACCAUGGACACAGCAUGAGCGACCCCGGCGUCAGUUACCGAACACGAGAAGAGAUUCAGGAAGUAAGAAGUAAGAGUGACCCUAUUAUGCUUCUCAAGGAUAGAAUGGUGAACAGCAAUCUGGCCAGUGUUGAAGAAUUAAAGGAAAUUGAUGUUGAAGUGAGGAAAGAAAUUGAGGAUGCUGCCCAGUUUGCCACUGCUGAUCCUGAACCGCCUUUGGAAGAACUAGGCUAUCACAUUUACAGCAGCGAUCCACCUUUUGAAGUUCGGGGUGCAAAUCAGUGGAUCAAGUUUAAGUCCAUCAGUUAACAGGAGAUUGCACGUGAUGGAUGGUUACACCUUCAGUGGGCUGUUGGACUCCAACUGUAAGGGACUCUGUUCUCAACUUUAAGGAAGAAAACCACAUAAAAAGAAUGUAGGCUAAGAUAGUAAGUGCAUGUGUUUUGUACAGUGCAUUAAAAGGUGUUACUGCACACUUAAGUACUUAGUGUGAAUAUUAUAUGAUUUUAGAUUUCAAAUUAUUUCCUUAAAAUGGUUCUAUUUCUUUUAAUAACAGUAUUUGCUAAAUAGUACACAAAUCAAAAGCCAUUCAUUCCUACCUUUGAGGGGAGUGUGAGCAUUCCCUUGACCUUUGCAAGGGCCCAUGCACACCCCUCGUGACCGUCAUUUUUCAAUAAAAUAUUAUCUCCAGGGAGGGGGGUAGAAGGACAAUUCCAGUUUAUUUUUAAGUAAUCUCUACACCCAACGUGGGGCUCAAACUCAUGAUGCUGAGAUCAAGAGUCGCACACUCCACUGACUGAGCCAGCUGGGUGCCCCGACAACGCCAUUUUUAAAUAAGACCAUAAUCAUUUCAACAGCCAAAUAACUUAAGUUUUCUUCAUUUAUACAUUAAAUACAAAGCUAUUUUCUUAAUAGUUUUCUAUUUACAUUCAUAUCAAACAUUAAAUACAAGGCAUAUUACCAAUUUUAUCUUUUUAAGUACAAUGCCAGUUUAUAGUAACCUAUGGUCUAAAACAGUGAUGCCCAGCCCACCCUGUUACUUUAGACACCUGUUUCACAGGUGUACUGAGUUUUCCACUGAAGCAACAUUGAAAUUCGUUUUAAAGAAUUCCACAAUAUUCUGGGACGUCAAAAUUAGAGUUCAGUCACUGUUCUCACAAUACAUAAAGUUCUACUCACCUUUAAAACAUGUUAAGUAACAGGUUUAAAAAAAAAAACCCACCCCACGUCAGUAAUUUUUUAAAACUUCAAUUUCUUAAAUAAUGCGGUCUUCCUUGUGUCAACGCAAUGGAAUUUGUGUUAUGUUAACAGAAGUUUUACCAAAGAUGCCAGCUCUUGGCUCCCUCUGUCCCCUGGCCUAGCCGACUGGUUCAGCCUCAUCUUGGGAGGCCAGGGACCCCUGAGCCCUCCUUCGGUAUUGGGAGACUGCUGUCCAGAGCCUGCAGAGGAGACCACCACUAGGAAACAAUCAAGAGUCAUCUUUAAAGAGUCGUAAGAAAAGAGAAUUUCAAAGUCACACCACCAAAUACUUCUUUAAGAGCCCUUAUGUCAAAAGCUACAGUAUAUAAUUCUAGACUUGUCUAGAUUGCCAAAAUGCAGUUCCUAACUUAGAGCUCUGUCCCCGUGUAUUUGGGCUCCAGCAGGAGUGGCACGUGGCCUCAGGCAUGUACAGGAGGGCCAGGUGGCUGUGUGCAGGGCAGGCUGAGGAAAGAAGGGCUGGAGAGAGUCCGGAGGGCAGAGGACUGCUGAGGCGGUUGGGGGGAGCUCUGGGGUUUCACAUCCCUUUGGUACCCAACUUUACUGGAAGAAAACUCCAGAGUUGGAGGGGAAGUUGGGUAGUUGGUUUUCUGACUAAGCCACGGAUAAGAAAAUUAAUUUCAAUGAAGGGGGAGAGUGACCACCACUUUGUUUUCUGAUUUAGAAGCACAAUCACAGGAAAAAAGUCAUUUUCUAUUACAAUGUUUUGAAGCCUUUCUUACCGUAGUCUAAGGUGUCUUAGAUCUUCCUUAGUGAUGUCAUUAAGAAUAUCAGAAAGGGUAUAGCCCUCUUCAAUAAUCUGAAACAAAUAUCAAAUACAGAAGAGCUAAGCUGCUUGUAAUAAUGACUUAGGAAUUUUUUUUUUUUUUUUUGGUCACAGAUUUACCUUUUCUAUUGUACUCGCAUCUGCUCCUUGGAGUUGUAACCAGUCUAUGAGCUCUUGAUCAGUUUUUUGCCCCUGAGACCCAGGAGGGGAUGCUGGGUUCUCUGUAGUAUCUGCAAUGAUGAGAAAUUUGUUUUGUUGUGUAUUAAUGUUUAACAGUAAAACUCUUCAAAGUAACAGGUUGGAUGAAAUAAACUAUUACAUACAACAUAA